AUGUAUUCGACUCUGACCAUUCAUCCAUCAUGGCUAGCCCUUAUAUCCCUCUGGCUGCUAGCUAACAUUCGAUCAACUACUGCGGCUCCUCAGGACUCCAAUACAACCCCUUCUUCAAAUAGUCCAGCAGCCACGUCUAGUGUUCAUUCGCUGCAAAAUGAAAUCUCUGCGACGCUCAUUCCAAAAAUCGAGUCUCUGCUGAAUACACCAAACAAGAAGAAAGCUCAGGAUACUAUUGACGAGAUUGACAAAGUGAAGCCUGGCGCCGAGGAGCUGCUGCAUAAUAUCAACCCGGAAUCGUCGAGUACGUCCAAUGGCAAAGCUCCUGGCACGGAUCUGAGCAUUACCGUCUCCCAGAUCGAAGACAGCCUGAAAAAAGUCACGUCGGCAGUUCAAAAGAGCAUCAAAAAUCACUUCUCGAACACCAACGACAUUGCAAAUACGUUGUGCGAAAUCACCGAGUUGACGGACACAAGCGAUGAGGAUCUCGAUUCCGGCAGGCCAUGUGGCAUGGGUUGUUCUGUCUGUGAAAACCCGGCUAGCUUUCCUAAAUCAUCAGCGAAGCGAGACGAGAAGAGGGUCUUCUCCAAGCGCCAGCUGCCAACGCCACAAGACGCAAAGUAUGGCGGCAAUGUCGUGGCCUUCUUGAACGAUCAGUCUCGGGGUGCAGACGAGGUGACGUUGGGUGUGCGAACCAGCACGGCGGUCUACCAUGCGCUCAAAAACAAGCCUUAUAAGUUGACGGUGCCGGGUCUGACCGGGUGCACGGUUGUGAUUGUGGCAUCAACCCAGGCUGUGUACAUGUCACACCACUAUGAGGUGCCCGGAUUCAACGGAGUUAACACCGAUCAAGCAGAAGCCCUCAAUCUGCGCAUCGACGACCCCAGAAUGUGGUUUCCUCUUCCUCAACGGGAGUUUGAGGACAGAGUUUUGAAAUGGUUCACCACGGACGGACUCGACAUGCCGAAUCUGAGACAGUAUGCGGGCCCAAAUGGACCAUUUACGGCCCAGGAUAGGACGGCUGCCUAUGUCAUCUACCCCCUCAGUUCAAGAGGAGGAGUGAAGUACGAUUCGGAGUACGAGAACAAAGUGACCCAGAUCAUCAACAAGGUGACGGAGAUCCUAGGCGACCACGUUCAUCCUAUCAGGACCGGCUACAACCGCCUUGGUGCGGGCAAUGUUGCGAAAACUAUCCUCUUUCAUUACGAUCCGGUGCAGAGAUGGCGAGGAAAAGUGCAGGAUGCCAUGUUGCGGAUCUGGGCAGCGGACCGAUCUAUGUACAUUCAUCAGAAAAUGUGGGAGGCUCACCAAAGCCAAAAAGUUCCUCAGACGGGCAGGCGCAAGCGUGGAGAUCUUUCUACGGUGUCUACUGCUACCUCUAUGGCGAGUUUAUAG